AUGUUUUACGCACACUUCGUCUUGAGCAAAAGGGGGCCGCUGGCUAAGAUCUGGCUGGCGGCCCACUGGGACAAGAAGCUGACCAAAGCACAUGUGUUUGAGUGCAAUCUGGAGAGCAGUGUGGAGAGCAUCAUUUCACCAAAGGUGAAGAUGGCUCUGCGCACCUCAGGACACCUGCUUCUGGGGGUGGUGAGGAUCUACCACAGGAAGGCCAAGUAUCUGCUGGCAGACUGCAAUGAGGCCUUCAUCAAGAUCAAGAUGGCUUUCAGACCAGGUGUGGUGGAUCUCCCAGAGGAAAACAGAGAAGCAGCUUACAAUGCCAUCACACUCCCGGAAGAGUUUCAUGAUUUUGAUCAACCUCUGCCUGACUUAGAUGAUCUGGACGUGGCUCAGCAGUUCAACCUAAACCAGAGCAGAGCCGAGGAGAUCACCAUGAGAGAGGAAGUAGGCAACCUGAGCCUGCUCCAGGACAAUGACUUCUCUGACUUUGGGAUGGACGACCGUGAGAUGAUGCGUGAGGGCAGUGCGUUUGAGGUGGAUAUUAUGGGUGCUUCUGCGUCCAACCUGCUGCUGGAGGCGGAGGGCGGGGCCAACCAGACGGACAAAUCUAACCACCUGGAGUAUGACCAGUACAAGGAUGACUUUGGAGACAACCCCAUGGAGAGCAAUGAAGGAGGCAUGCUGGUGGACAAGCUGCUGAGUAAUGAGGAUGGAGGGGGGAUCUUCGACGACCCUCCUGCGAUCUCUGGAGGAGUCAUGAUGCCCCAGGACCACGGAGAUGAUGACGAUGACUUUGAUGCACUCUCUGCCGGAGCUCCGGACAGUCCAGACUCUGGUCCCACUGAGCCCCUCCCAGCAAUGGCAGACCAGGCAGAGCAGACCGCUCUGGCCCAUAACGAAGAGGAGACCUUCGCCCUGGAGCCAAUCGACAUCACAGUGAAGGAGACCAAAGCCAAGAGAAAGAGGAAGCUGAUUGUGGACAGUGUGAAGGAGCUGGACAGUAAGACCAUCCGGGCGCAGCUGUCCGAUUACUCCGACAUUGUCACGACGCUGGACCUGGCCCCACCCACAAAGAAGCUGAUGAUGUGGAAGGAGACCGGAGGAGUGGAGAAGCUCUUCUCUUUGCCUGCACAGCCACUCUGGAAUAACAGACUGCUCAAGAUGUUCACCCGCUGCCUGACCCCUCUGGUCCCAGACGAGCUGAGGAAGAGGAGGAAAGGCGGAGAGGCCGACAGUCUGGACGAGUUCCUUAAAGACCUGGAGAACUCUGAGGUCCCCCGCGAGGAGACCACCACACAGCAGCAGCAGCAAGACAUCAUGGACCAGACGCUGAUGGAGGAGGCCAGCGCUCUGCAGUCUGCGGCCGUGGAGGGCAGCAGGACCCUGGACGAGUCUGUGAUGCCUCCCCCUUCUGGUCAGAGAGGGCUCAAACGCAAGGCACAGGACGCAGAACCAGCACUGCCUCAGCAAGGUUCCAGAGGAGUGUCCCAGGAUGAGGCCUCAGAGCUGCCUCCAGAAGAACCGUCCAUCAGCCAACUUAUCGAACUGGACCUGCUCAACGACAAAGACAAGAAGAAGACCGAUGACGAUUCUGAUGAUGAGGAGGAGGAAGCGCAGGGAGGAGACCAGGACCAAGAAGAACGAAGAUGGAACAAAAGAACACAACAGAUGCUUCACGGCUUGCAGCGGGUGAUGGACAAAACCGGGGCCCAGUCUGUGAGUCUCUUGGACCUGUGCAGGAACAACAACAGGAAACAAGCAGCUGCAAAGUUUUACAGUUUUCUGGUUUUAAAGAAGCAGCAGGCCGUGGAGCUGCUUCAGGAGGAGCCCUACAGUGACAUCAUCGCAACGCCCGGACCACGAUUCCACAUCAUCUGA